AUGAAGCCCAACUGGGAGCCAUUUGUGAAAUCUACUGAGGAUGAUUGGACCGCUGUCCCAGACCCUGCCCAGCGAAAGCGGAUCCAGAACAGGCUGUCCCAAAGAGCCAGGCGGUCACGGCUUGUCGGUAAACAGAAGCAAGCGGCACAGUAUGAGGUUAAUGGUGAGGCGGGAGCCAUUGUCAGAAGAGAUGCAGGUUCUAGUCCCGGGCAGUCGUCUACAGAGGGCUCAAGCGUGGCUGUCACGGAAAUGUUUGAUGCAAGCUUCUUUCAUACCCAAUACACGUCCGAACAGCCCACAAUGGACAGUCAUUACCUCAUCUUGACCGAUCUGACCGCCGCCACCGCUCUGGCCGUCAUAGCUCAGCGCCUCGACCUCGACUGCAGGCAGAUACCAGGCUUCAACAUUAAAGCCUUGGACGACAGUCUCCCGUCGGCUAUAGCUCCCACUCAAUUACAAAAAAGCGUCCCUCACCUGUCUUACCUGGACAUGCUUCCCUGGGCAUCGUUGCGGGACAAACUCCUCAAGUCUCUCUCUAUUAUCAACGAAGAGGAGUUUGCGCGUGAUAUGCAGUUUGGAAGCUUAAAGGUUUGGGGGACAGUUCCGUGGGACCCGAUGGGAUGGGAGGUCUCAACGAGGGGAAAGGCCAUUAACUCUGGCAUCCCUGCAAAGCUGAGCAGUUAA